AUGGUCUUUGUUAAAGGUCUUGGUGGGAAGGUUGCCUCGCUGCAGCAGGCUUCGAGUGAGGGCUUCGGCGUAGCGGAGAAGAUUGUGCUGCUCACCUUCAUCUCCGCCGUUAUCCUGAUGGCCAUCCUGGGGAACCUGCUGGUGAUGGUGGCUGUGUGCCGGGACAGGCAGCUCAGGAAAAUCAAGACCAAUUAUUUCAUUGUUUCCCUUGCCUUUGCGGACCUGCUGGUGUCAGUGCUGGUGAUGCCGUUUGGAGCCAUUGAGUUGGUUCAGGACAACUGGAUCUAUGGAGAGAUGUUCUGCCUGGUCCGAACGUCCCUCGAUGUUCUGCUCACCACAGCAUCAAUCCUGCACCUGUGCUGUAUCUCGCUGGACAGGUACUAUGCUAUCUGCUGCCAGCCUCUGGUUUACAGGAACAAGAUGACUCCACUGCGCAUUGCUGUAAUGCUUGGAGGGUGCUGGGUAAUCCCAACAUUUAUUUCUUUCCUUCCUAUCAUGCAAGGCUGGAAUAGCAUUGGCAUCAUUGAUCUGAUUCAGCAAAGGCAGUUCAACAAGGCUUCCAACUCCACUUACUGCAUCUUCAUGGUCAACAAGCCAUACGCCAUUACCUGCUCCGUGGUGGCCUUCUACAUUCCCUUCCUCCUGAUGGUGCUGGCCUACUACCGCAUCUAUGUCACGGCCAGGGAGCACGCCCGACAGAUCCGGGUGCUGCAGCGCGCGGGGGCCCCCACCGACGGCCGGCAGCACCACCCGGACCAGCACAGCACCCACCGCAUGAAGACUGAGACCAAAGCUGCCAAGACCCUGUGCAUCAUCAUGGGGUGCUUCUGCCUGUGCUGGGCUCCCUUCUUUAUCACAAACAUAGUGGACCCUUUCAUAAACUACACGGUGCCGGGAAAGCUGUGGACGGCUUUCCUGUGGCUGGGCUACAUCAAUUCAGGGUUGAACCCUUUCCUCUACGCCUUCCUGAACAAGUCUUUCAGACGUGCCUUCCUCAUCAUCCUGUGCUGUGGUGAUGAGCGAUACCGAAGGCCUUCCAUCUUGGGGCAGACGGUCCCCUGUUCCACCACCACAAUAAAUGGAUCGACUCAUGUACUAAGGUGA